GUUUCAGUCAAGUAUGGCGGUGUCUAUUAGCCGCUUGCUUGUUCUACCUCGCUAUUGAAAGCCACCUCCGGCUCUACCCCAAAUGAUCAGCUGCGAUUUUCUGUAGCUUCAUUUCAUGCCCAGAUAAAUCUAUAAAUUAUAUUGUAAAUUCAAUCAUCGAAUAUAAGCACUUCUACAAAUUUCAUUCUCGCUCUAUUCCACCGUUAUCAGCCGCGUGCACCACCCUGUCUAUCCCGCCGACCCACUGUAAGCCAACGCCCAACGGUCCGUGACGACCGCCAUCAAAACCUCACGCUACCAAACCGCCCAUCUCCAGACACGCCACCAGAGCUUUUGCAAUCCACGACAUCGGGCACAAGGCACCACCUCAAUAACCGCCACUCCUCCUCGAAUACUCGAAAACGAUACCCAACGACCUCUCACCUCUCCUGGACCACUCGCCCUGACUGCUCGGAUUCUGCCCGGACCCCUCACCCGCCGCCGAUCUCGCCGCCUGAUAGAGCUUGAUGAAGUAGGCGCCGAGCAUCACACGAGGCCAUUGACGCCUCUAUCCGACGCAUAAAGCGACUACUGUACUAUAAUACUAUACACAAGAGGCUCCGACCGUAUAUAUAGCUGCCAGGAUGCCCGGCCUUCCGACUUCGGUCGAUCUCGACGAGUGUAUCUCGCGCCUAUAUAAGAGAGAACUGCUUGCCGAAUCCGUAAUAGAAGCGAUAUGCGCCAAGACAAAGGAGCUGCUGAUGCGCGAGAGCAACGUGGUGCACGUCAAGGCACCCGUAACGGUUGUCGGUGACAUCCACGGCCAGUUUUACGACUUGAUUGAAAUCUUUAGAAUAGGCGGCUACUGCCCCGACACAAACUACUUAUUCCUAGGCGACUACGUCGACAGAGGCAUGUUCAGCGUCGAGACAAUCUCGUUGCUAGUCUGUCUGAAACUGCGAUACCCCGAACGAGUACACUUGAUCCGCGGUAACCACGAAUCGCGUGGUGUGACACAAUCGUACGGCUUCUACACCGAGUGCUCGCGCAAAUACGGCAACGCCAACGUAUGGCACUACUUUACCGACAUGUUCGACUUCUUGACACUCAGCGUCGUCAUCGACAACGAAAUCUUUUGCGUGCACGGUGGCCUCUCACCGUCUAUCCACUCCAUAGACCAGAUUAAAAUCAUAGACCGCUUCCGCGAAAUCCCCCACGAAGGACCGAUGGCUGAUCUCGUAUGGUCCGACCCAGACCCGGAACGGGACGAAUUCUCUCUCUCGCCGCGCGGUGCAGGAUAUACAUUUGGCUCCCAAGUCGUUAAGAAGUUCCUGGCCGUCAACAACAUGUCGCAUAUUCUGCGCGCACACCAGCUGUGCCAGGAAGGAUACCAGGUUCUGUACGACGACAGACUGAGCACGGUGUGGAGCGCCCCGAAUUACUGCUACCGAUGCGGCAACAUGGCGAGUGUGCUGGAAGUGCAUACCGACGGCACACGGUUCUUUAAUGUGUUUGCAGCGGCACCGGAGAACGAUUUGCAUAAAGAUGCGCAGCUGGGUGGCGAUAAGACAGCCGACGGCAGCGCUCUGCCCGACUACUUUUUAUAAGCGGCAUUGUUCAGGGACAUUGUCUCUGCCUUUUUUUUGUACAAUAUUAUAUGAUAUCCUGUCAGGCCAGUGUAGUAGAUGAAACGAUGAUGGAAAGUACUGUGCCAUUUGUCUAAAAGAACGAAAAAACUACAUAAAAUCCGCCUCCGUCUCUCUUUCGUAUAUUUUAUUCCGUCAGAAAAGUCCUCGGGAACUAAUCAGGGUGUAAUGCGUCGUGAAAUUCGUUGUAAUCGCCAGGACCGUCGUCUACCACUCCUUGGCAAUGUCGAAGCUCCAUUCGAACUCGAGAUGCUUCUUCUUAUCGUCAUCCACGAAGCUCGAAAUGGCGUUGUAGUGACCGCGGGCGAGCAUACCCGAGGGAGCCUCUUCCUCCUGGACUAAAAUUGGGCGUUAGCACAAUGCCUGCUUAAUCUGCAACCAGCCUGAAACUUACAGCGCUUGGUGUAGGUAGUCUGCGACUCUGUGUUGGGGGCAUAGCUUCCCUAUAUGCUGUUAGCUCAUGUAUUUGUGAAACUGAUGAACAAAUUAUACGUACAAUCAUCUCUGAAUCCUUAGAAACCUUGAUACCCUUGCGCUUGACAAUCUGGACGUAGUGCAGACCGCUCAGGAUCUCGUGCUGGACCUUGAACUUGGCGCUCAUGGAGAACUUGGCACCCUCCUUGAUCUUGAACGGGUGCUCCUUGAGGGACUUUUCGCUGCCGGGGACCGAGAGAUCAAUGGUGACGGGGUCGCGGCCAGGAGCCUCCAUGGUGAGCGAGUGGAUGAUACAGACACGGGGGUCGUUGGGGUCGGAGAUAUCCUUGCCGCCGCCAAGACCGAGGGACUGCUUGUAGCGCUGGAGGGACUCGUCGCCGG